UCUCAAUCAAAGCUGAUUUUAACAGACCUGACGGAGGGUUCAACAAGUGCUCUUCGCGUAUUUCAUUUUAAUUAUUUUUUACAAGUACAUUACCAGCUGGUCAAUGUCCUUAUAAAAAAAAAAAAUACACUAAAAUCGGAUACAUUUUUUUAUUCUUACUUUUUUUGUUUCUCAUAUCAAAAAAAGUAGUUUUGUUACGUUCUGAUUAUUUUACUACACUUUUAAAGCCAUGACUUCGGGCAGUGAGCCUCUGGAAAUAACUGGCAAUGAGCUGGUCCAUACCCUCAGGACCCCCCGGUACCAGUACACCUCUGCCGGGUGUGUGGUGCUGGACUGCAGACCUUUCCUCGACUUUUCUUUGGCGCACAUUUGCGAGUCCCGAAAUGUCAACUGGAACUCAAUGCUGCGCCGAAGAUCCAAGAGCUCGGUGGUGGCUCUGGAGUGGCUCAUCCCGGAUAAGUCGCUCGUGGGCCGGCUGCAGAGAGGAGAGUUUUCCCCCGUGGUUGUGGUGGAUGAAAGCAGUCUCUCGGUGUCCGAGCUGAAGACAGAGAGUGUGGCCCAGAUGUUGCUCACUGCACUGCAGAACGAAGUGCACACGCAGAUCUGCUUUGUACAAGGUGGAUUUGCUGGAUUUUCUAAGGCCUACCCAGAGCUCUGUUACAGCUCUGCCAGCGUCUCUAAAGUGGAACCAGAGCCAACAGUGACAGGACGGAGGACACCAGCAUAUGAUCAAGGUGGUCCGGUGGAGCUGCUACCCUUCCUUUUUCUGGGUAGUGCCAUCCACUCAUCACGUAGAGAGACCCUCAUGGCAGCGGGUAUCACAGCCGUGCUCAAUGUGUCCUCCACAUGUCCUAACUUCUACGAGGGGGAGUUUCAGUACCUGCGGCUCACUGUGGAGGACACUCUGGCUGCUGACAUCCGAGCCUGCUUCUCCACAGCUAUCAACUUCAUCGACUCAGUGAAGCAGAGUGGAGGUCGGGUGCUGGUGCACUGCCAAGCAGGUAUCUCCCGCUCGGCUACCAUCUGCCUGGCCUACCUCAUGCACACGCAGCGUGUCAAACUGGACGAGGCCUUCGACUUUGUGAAGCAGCGACGUCAGGUCAUCUCCCCUAACCUGGCCUUCAUGGGACAGCUGCUGCAGUUUGAGACUGACGUGCUCUGCCAGGGUUGAAGUCCCAGAGACGCAUUAAGGGGAAGGAGCCCAACAUGACUGUACUUUUUAGUUAAUUGUGCUGGACUCUGAGGAUUAUCAGGACUCGUGUGCAUGUGUACUGUUUGUACUCUCAAAGCUAGUACAUUUCAGAAGUGUGUACAUUUAGAGAAAGCCAUUUGUGCUGCUGGCAUCACAUAACUGGUUGAUGUAAAGCAACAAAUGCGAAACAGCAAACAGAAGCUGGCAUUACAAGCUCUGCUGUUAAGAACCACAGUCUGAACUAUUAUGAUCCUGAGCCAGUAGGGUGGAGCAGCUAUGACAUAAUUUCCCUGACGUUCAACACUUGUGGGGAAUCGCGCCUGCUUGUCAGGUUUUGUCUGUGCAUUAUUUUGUGUGACAUAUGUGCCUGAUCUUUUACAAGGGCUGUCUCCUUUUAGACUCAAAUUCAUUCCUACACAGAUCAAACCCCUGUGAUAUGUCGUGUCUUUUUAUGAGACAACACUGUGAUACCUUCUAAAGCAAUACUGAACAAAUUACAUGUUUAUUUUUCUGAUAUAUGUAAAUGCACUAACUACAGUUAGUCUCAUCACUCUGUAUCCUGAGAGAGAAUGUUCAUUCAAAGUGUAAGAUUAUGUUUUUUAUAAUGUACAUAGAGUUUAUAUUUUUAUUUAUUACUUCAGCAACUUGUCAUGACAGUUUGGACGUGAUCACUGUCUGUUACUGCACUUUAUGCCUACACAGUUUGGCUGAUUCCUGCUGUUUUUUCCACUGAAAUAAAAACAUGCUAUGGAACACA